AAAUCUAGUUUACACAAAACAUGAAAGAUCAGAUUAUAUAGAUUGAUUACAGAAUGAGGAAAUAGUUACAUCCUAUGUUAGUGUUACUCUUCCGUCAAACACCACAUAAUCCUUUCCUGCAUUUCACGGUUUUUCUUCAACACUCUCAGUCUCGUUUUCUUCAUCUUUUUCUUCUUUGUUCCACUGGAAAAAGAAGUACCUUACUUGUGAAGUGGGAUUUAGAGCUUAAUCUGAAGUUGGGUUUUGCUUCCCUUGUCCAAAUUCCAUGGCUUUAAUCUUCUUUACUUGUUUUCCCUUACUCGAUUUCACAUGGCAUUUCAACCCCGUUCUGGAGCUGAUAGUGAAGUUGCAGGAAGCUCUAUACAAAAUUCAGAGCAUUGGUCAGAGGCUUAUACAUACCACCAAAUAAUUGAAGAAUGCCGGUUAUGAAGCGAUAUGUGCUGAGAUUGUUCAUAUCAUUAAAGUACAUUACUGCAAACGUUGUAGAUAGAAACAAUGGUCGGAUUGUAGUAUCAUCAUCCACUGCAGAACACACCAUUAAAGAGUCACUUGAGUGUGGCAGAUCCUGCAAUGCAAAAGCAGCAGCUGUUGUUGGAGAGGUAUUGGCCAGGCGGCUGAAAGUUGAGGGGCUUAAUGAAGGAGAAGGAAGAGGGAUUCAUGCAAACAUAACUAAAGAAGUUGGGAAGAAAGGAUUUAAGAACCAAACCAAGGUUUGGGCUGUUGUGAAUGCUCUUAAGAAUAAUGGAGUUAAACUCAUUCUUGAUGAUGAUGAUGAUGACAAAAAUUGUUUGCCUAAUUCAUAAGACCAGAAUGGAGUGAGUGUUAUGCUAAUAACAUCUAUGGAAUAAAAAAAUACAUGGAAGUAUUAUUUAGUCUCAUUUAUUAGAAGCAUGAGUCAGAAUGCAAUUGAAGUCUUCAGUUUAGUUAUUGAGAAAUGCUAACAACACACUCUUUGUCGCACAUUUUUAAGUACUCUAUUGGCUGGAAUUUAUCAGAAAAUACAAAAUUGGGCAGGUCUCACCUUAUAUAAUGAGCCUCAUUCGUGAUUUUGCAAUUUCUAAUAAAUUUUAUUUUUAAUUAAUAGUAGAGAGUAUGUUAAAAGGAUGUUUUAAAAAGUGUGUUGUACUCCUCUUUACUUAUUUUUUUUAUUCAUUUAUGAUAGUAAAUCAGAUUAACUGAUUGGUUAUAUACCAGAUGCUAUCGUUUUAGGGUACAAACUGCUGAAAUCUGUAAUUUGGACUACCAUUUCUUGCAUUUGACAUCUACUUGGUUAUUUUGAUUA